UCCCACGAGUGUGCGAUGCUAGCAGGCGGCGACGCCAAUCAGUACCACCUAGCAGACAAGGCCCGUUCGUGUCAUCGUUUGUGGAUUCCGCCGUCCGCCCCAAGCGAGCGACUCGUCUUCCCCGGAACAGGUGCCUGCCGCGAGUCGGUGUACGAAGCUAACCUCUACCUGGACACGGUACUCGGCGUCGUCCUGCCGCUGGAGGUCGGCAAGGCCAACUUGAGCCUGGCCCCCCUGCCGGGCUUCACGGUCAAACACAGGACCGGGGACUUCCGCGUCCAGUUUGAGUCGGGGAUCCUGCAAGGUCUCGCCAGCUUCAUCGAACGCCGGGGAGACUGCGAGGCGACCCGAUGGGAAGCGGGCGCCCUGACCAUGCGCUGCGGCCUGGACCUGGACGGACUGCGGCUCGCGUUCCAGGGCAACGCUCGUGGACGAGACUUGACGGCGGAACGCGAAGUAGCUCUGGGGCUGGUGCUGCGCAACUCAUCCGCUUCUCUGACUCACACUGAAAAGAAAGGAGGACAUGUUCAUGCGGAAUGUGAUCUCGGCGACCUGAACCUUGUGCUCGUUUAUUCAACAGACCUUCACCUGAAGGAUGUUUCCAAGCCUGUUUACGACCAACAAUUGGUCAGCACUGCUCGAUCUAUACUAAAGCACUUUCUUGUGAGUCAUUUUAUUCCGAACGUACUCACUGUCGCUUUUUCUAAAAUUUAUUUGCCUAUACCGCAAUAAAUAAUUAUAUGUGG